AUGCCGCGACCGCUUCGCACAAGCUGCGACCGCUGUCACUCUCAAAAGCUCAAAUGCCCCAAACAGCCUGGUAUUGCAAUAUGCACGAGAUGCGCCAAAGCCGGCGCGUCAUGUGUCUUCAGUGCAGCCGGGCCCAGCGCUCGCCGAACACCGCUCUCCUUAGGCCACGAGGACUUCGGCUUGCAGCCUCAGCUGGGCGGUUUCGACGUGGACCUGGAUUGGUUCUCAGGCGGCAGCCUCAACAGUGGCCAGCCCGACGCGCCAUUUCAUAGCCAGACCAUCCUGCAUCCGGACCUGUCGUCCAUCCAGGAUGAGCACCCAAGAUCAGCCUGCGUGAGACAAUUGUUAAGCUUGGCGCAGGAUUUUGAUCACACUUCCGCCAGCAUACCUUCGGAGUCGCAGUUGCAUAUGGACAAGGAUGCCCCGCUGCCCGAUGUGGUGGCUUCGUGGGCAGAGAAGUAUGGACAGAGGCAAUGCCUUGAGCAAUUAUUUGCAUCAGGACAGAGGUUAUUAGACUUGUAUUACAAUACCAUACGACUCAUCUUCGAGCAGCCAGGUGGAGAUGCUUGUGAGGAUGGCAACUGCCUUCACCGCCAGGAUCUUCCCGCUGAUGUGGAGGAGAAGCUGGCUGAAGCCCUCGUCGUCGAUCACGGGAAACCAACGCCGAUGGACCCCUUCGUCUUCAACCUCCUGGUCAUAUGCCAUACUCGGUUCAAUGACAUACUGACUCUUUUGAUGGUGCACAUGAAGACCUGUGUCCGGGUCCACUUUGCGUCGCCAACAGCAAGCGAUCCAAAGUUGCAUAUUCCCGCCCUCAAGGUCGGUAGCUUCGUUGCCUCACCUGAGUCGUCUUCCUCGAUGCAGGCUGUCUUGUUGGUACACAUCGCGUCUGUACUUGUGGAUCGUGCCAAACAACUGGCGGAGAAGGUCCAGACCGCAACCAAAGAAGAAAAGUCUACGACGAAGGCACAAAUGUUCCGGCUUCAAUGUCAGGCACUUGUCGAGGAGGGGGAAUCGAAUGUCAUUGCGCUCAAGAAGGUUCGCGAUGUCCUAGUCCAUAUAGGGUGGAUGCGAUGA